GGAUCACGUUCUUCUUCGCCUUUACCACAACCGUCGGGUGAUUUGUUUGAUGAUAUUUUGACGACUUCAUCAAGCGAAUUUGGAAGCUUUGAAACUGCCCAAAAUAACCCUUUAAAGAAUAAGUCCCUUCUGACACAAACAACACCGGCCGGACAUAAUUUGAAUUCAAGUUUCUUGUCUAAUAAUACAAAUACAUACAAGGAGAUCAACACGUCAUCCUCAACGGCUGAUGAUUUACUUGAUUUUGGCAUAUUUGAUAAACCACCUAAAUCUCCUUCUCUCGCCGUAACGACAGAAAUUGAUGAGGAUAAAAUUGAUCCUUUUA